AUGAUGCAUCAAGGACCCCAAGCUCCGAACACCGACGACGCGUUACCGUCCGAGGAGCUUCGCAAGCACAAGAGAGCCUUCUCUGGGGUGACCAACGAGCCUCUGUGGAGAUCAGCCGCAGCCGUCGAUCCCCCACCGUCAGUGUCCCGAGCCCAAGUUGACGCGACGUGCAACCGAACCGUCACACCCAGCUGUGUCAGAGCACUCUACAAUGUCCCUGCAAACGUUCCUGUCAGCAAAGCUCGUGGUCUCGGUGUAUAUGCCUCGCAAAGUCAGGUCCCAAAAUUCGCAGACUUCGCCCUCUUCGCGAAGAAUAUCGACCCGCCGUCCGCCGGGGUCAACUUCUCCUUUCUAAGCAUCAAUGGCGGCGUCACAAGCCAGGAUCAGAAUCAGUUGUCGAAUGCCGAGUUGAACUUUGACAUGCAGUACACUGCGUCUCUCUCGAACCCCGUGCCUAACAUUGUCACCGCCGUCGCUGGUGAUGGUCCCAUCAAGCUGGAGUUGGGAGGUCAACCUGGGGAUACCACGGAGCCAUGGCUCAUCUGGCUCGAUGCCAUGCUCAAGCUUCCUGAUGAUCAGCUCCCUCAUACUAUAACCACAAGCUUUGGCGAGAACGAACAAUCCCUGCCUGACGGCUACAUUCAGCAGAUUUGCAAUCAGUUCGGUGCCCUUGGUGCUCGAGGCGUCACCAUGUUCGCUGCUUCGGGAGACUCUGGGCCAGGAAAUACUUGCGUGACCAACGACGGCACCGCCAGUACACGCUUCAACCCAGUCUUCCCCGCGGUAUGCCCCUUCGUCACCGGCGUCGGUGGAACAAAGAACGUAGCUCCUGAACAAGCGUUCCCUUUCUCGAGCGGUGGAUUUUCGGACAAGUUCGCCAGGCCAGCAUACCAAGACCAAGCUGUUCCUCCGUACCUCAAGACGGUUGGCAACAAGUUCCAGGGCCUCUUCAAUGCGUCGGGCAGAGGCUUCCCAGACGUGAGCGCUCAAAGCUUCAAUGCGACGUUCUUCACCGGUGGUCAGCUUGGCGGCUUCCAAGGAACGAGUGCAGCGGCACCGAUCUGGGCUGGCACGGUUGGUAUGGUGAAUGCCGCUCUCAUCCAAGCCGGAAAACCUCCGAUGGGGUUCAUCAACCCAUGGCUGUAUGGCGCUGGACUCCAAGCCAUUAAUGACGUGAAGGUUGGUGCUUCCACUGGGUGCACGGGGACGACUGCUUUUGGAAGUCAACAGUUCCCGCCUCAAUUUGGGGCCAAACUUGUGCCAAACGCGUCUUGGCCCACUGCUCCCGGCUGGGACGCUGUCACGGGUUUGGGCACUCCGGAUAUUGGCAAGAUGCUUGCAUUGAGGAUGGCAAUGUGA